AUGUCUUCUCACUCUACCUCUACUUCUGCAUCUGCCGCUGCCGCUGCCAACCAGGCUCUCAUAGCUCUUGUCACCCGGCUCACUGAGAUGGUUCAAGAUGUCAACCGGUUGCCGUCACAAGAGGAAAAAAUGGAGUUGAGCCGGAAGAUUGCGCGUGAAGUGAAUGAUGCAAUUCGCACCUAUGGGAAGGAGGCUUCCUAUGUUCCCCCAAACCUGCUGUCACUUGCAGCUGAGAUCUUUCGCGCUCAGAGGCGCACCACACAAUUGGUGGAAGUACCGGAUUGGACCCGUCUUGGGAACAAUCAGGACAUGUGCAUGAAGCACCCAUUGUACAGUAAGACAUUGGGUGCUGCACCACCUAUUGCGUCUGCAGCUCCUGUAGCAACUGCACCGGUACCGGUACCGGCACCACCACCUGCUCCCACACCUGCACCACCACCUGCACCUGCACCUGCACCUGCACCUGCACCUGCACCUGCACCUGCACCACCACCUGCACCUGCACCUGCACCACCACCUGCACCCACCCCUGCACCUGCACCGGCACCACCACCUGCUCCUGCUCCACCACCUGCUCCUGCUCCACCACCUGCUCCUACCCAUGCACCGGCACCACCACCUGCACCCACCCCUGCACCUGCACCUGCUCCACCACCUGCUCCUACCCCUGCACCGGCACCACCACCUGCACCUGCACCUGCACCUGCACCUGCACCUGCACCACCACCGGUACCGGUACCGGCGCCUGCGCGAGAUGCCAGCAUUCGCAUGCCAAGACGUGCAGCAUCCGGUGAAACUGCACCGGCAGGGUCGUCGACGACGCGGAAACGUCGACUCAGCACCAGCCCUCCUGUCCCUCGUGGCAACCGGUCCCGGAAGCCUGUCGUCAAGUCGAAGGCAAUCUUGUCCGACACUGAUACUACUGACGGUGAGACGGUGAAGGGGAAGGGGAAGGCAAAGGUGCCGGAAGUUGAGGGUGAUGAGGACAACGACGUGAUCGAUGUCGAUGACCUUCCGGAUGCUCAGCCCCGGAAAUCAACGCGCAAGGCUGUUGUCCCUGCAAAAAAGCAGGGCAAACUGAAGGCAAGUCGGUUUGUUGCGAUUGCAGAGGAUGAUGAAGAUGAAUUGGAGGAGGAUGAAGACGCACAAGGCAAAUCAAAGGCCACUUUACGUCCAGGGAAGCGACAAAAACUGUCCAGCCAGUCCAAGGUCAAGACCACCGGCAGGAAGACCAAGGUACAAGAGCCGCCCCGCGCUGACGGACCUCUGCCGCCUUGUCAGAGAUGCAAGGCGAAGAAUGUGGAGUGUUGCCCCCGGUUAACGAAGAAAGGCGAUGUCGCCUCGACAUGCACGUUGUGCCACGUCUGGAAGAUGGCAUGUAUCCGGCCGGAUACAGAGAGUUCCACCGUUACCCCCACCACUGACACUGCACCACCUGCCGCAAUCACCACACGCUCUAAGACGACCCAGUCCAAAGCGACCGGCAAGAAGAUGGUGGGGAAAUCUAAUGCGAAAGAACAGAAAAUCCGGCAACCUAGUCCUAUCGAAGAGGAAGACGACAACAUCGAGAUGUUCGAUGGCACUGUGGGUGUGCCGGGUGCUCAACAGCAAUCCGCCCCUUUGGCGUCAGCAGACGAUUUCCCUGCGGAUCACUGGAUCGAGCCUGGCACUGACGAGUUGCCACCUCCAGCUCCAUCACCGGCCAUGGCCUCAGAGGACGACAUCCGGUUCUCACCAUUACCUGUCGUCCACACCCCACCCAUCCGGCACCCCCUUUCUCAUGACCAGAUGGAGGCCAUGUUGGCCCAAAUUCGCGUUGAGAUGGAGGACCUUCGUACACGCGAUCGAUUGGAAAUCGACUUGCGGCAAGAUCGCCUGGAGCGUCGCAUGGGCCUUGCAGAGGCAUCUGACAGUGCAAUGUCCAUGCAGGUGGACGAACUCGAGCGGGAUAUGCAGGUGCAGCGUGGACUCCUCUCUGAGUGCACCGCCGAAGUGAGAGGCAUCGUCAGGUAUCUGAGGGAGCAUAGAUCUGCUCAAACACCAGCAUCAACUCCUCCGCCGGCAUUCAACCCACCUCCCAUCACAGCUCCUGGCCCAUCCAUCAGUGCAUUUGCCCGCACUGUCACCAACAACGUGUUCACCCCGGAUGUAUCUUGGAUGGGUGCCCAGACCGGUGGUGAUGCGUUUGGUGACACUGCAGACGGCUCACCGGUCGCAAGGCUCAACCGGGUGUCAUCUACUCCCACCAACAUCCCUCCAUUGACCAUGGGGGAAUCCAGAUCAUCUGUUCCUCCGGCUGGCUCUCCGGCUGUGCGAUCUCCUGAUCCCCCGGUUGCCGGUCCAUCACGUAUGCCGGCUGAUGCGCAGUCCAUCUCGGCUCCUUUGCCACGCCCGCGAUAUGGACCUCUAUCUCAACAAGGUCGGUCAUAUGAAUACUGCGGGACCGGAUGGCGUUCUGCCGGCUCAUCUGUAUCAUCCAUUUAA